CAAUUGGUAUUGAAGAAGAAAAUUUACGAUUUAUUUUUGAAACAGCUAUUGAAUUUUGGAAAAAAUUAGGUGGUGAAAAAGCUUCAACUGAAAUUUUAAUCGCACAAAUGCAAUCAUAUAUGCUAUUUCAAAAACCAUGA